AUGGUUUCUUCCUUCAUUUCACUUCACUCACUAUUUCUCGCACUUAUGUUCUUUUCUGCCAAUGGAACAAACCUCACAUGCCCUAUGAAUUCCUCUCUUCCCUGUGACACAUAUGUUGCAUACUUGGCUCACUUUCCAAAUUUUUUAACCCUCACAACCAUAUCUGAUAUAUUUGACACCACUCCACAAUCCAUUGCAAGAGCAAGUAGCAUAAAAGAUGAAAAUAUGAACCUUGUUCCAGGCCAACUUUUGCUAAUACCUAUAACUUGUGGCUGCAGUGGAAAUGGAAACUACUCUUUUGCUAAUAUCUCACACUUGAUCAAACAAGGUGAAAGUUACUACUAUCUUUCAACCAUUUCAUAUCAGAAUCUCACCAAUUGGAUGACAGUGGAAGAUUCAAAUCCUAACCUGAAUCCAUAUUUGUUGACGGUGGGCACCAAAAUAGUCAUUCCUUUGUUCUGUAGGUGCCCUUCAAAAGGGAUAGAGUCUUUGAUUACAUAUGUUUGGCGGCCUAAUGACAAUCUUACCCUUGUAGCUUCCAAGUUUGGUGCAUCACAACAUGACAUAAUCACUGCAAAUGCAAACAAUUUUGGCCAGAAUUUUACUUCCGCAACCAACCUUCCAGUUUUUAUCCCAGUGAAAAGCUUACCAGCUAUUUCACAAUUACACUAUUCUUCAAGUGGAAGAAAGAAAAACAAUCAUUUUCCUAUUAUCAUUUUCAUUGGUAUAUGUCUAGGAUGCACUAUUCUGAUUUCACUGUCAUUACUAGUUUAUGUGUAUUGUUUGAGGAAGAGAAAAGCUUGUGAGAAUAAGUGUGUGCCUUCUGUGGAGAUAACAGAUAAGUUAAUUUCAGAAGUUUCAAACUACGUAAGUAAGCCAAAAGUGUAUCAAGCUGGUAUGAUUAUGGAAGCUACAAUGAACUUCAAUGAACAGUGUAGGAUAGGGAAAUCCGUGUACAAAGCUAAAAUCGACGGUCGUGUUUUAGCUGUGAAAAACGUCAAGGAAGACAUCACAGUCACAGAAGAGUUGAUGAUUCUUCAAAAGGUAAAUCAUGCGAAUCUUGUUAAACUAAUUGGUGUUUCUUCAGGAUACGUUGGAAAUCACUUUCUUGUAUAUGAAUACGCUGAAAAUGGAUCACUUUAUAAUUGGCUGUUCUCUGAAUUUUCCACUGCUUCGAGCUCAGUGAUUUCCCUCACAUGGAAUCAGAGGUUAAGCAUAGCAAUUGAUGUUGCAAUUGGUCUGCAAUACAUGCAUGAACACAUAGAACCAAGCAUAGUCCAUAGAGACAUCACAUCAAGUAACAUCCUUCUCGACUCAAACUUUAAGGCCAAGAUAUCAAAUUUUUCUGUUGCAAAAACUACAAAGAAUCCUAUGAUAACAAAAGUAGAUGUUUUCGCUUACGGGGUGGUCCUGUUAGAGUUAUUAACAGGAAAGAACAGCGAGGUGAAUACGUUAUGGAAAGAUAUUAAGGGUGUGUUUGAUAUAGAAGAGAAGAACGAGGAAAGGGUUAGAAGAUGGAUUGAUCCCAAGUUGGGGAGGUUUUUUAAUGUUGUUGAAGCUCUUAGUUUGUUCUCUUUGGCAGUGAAUUGCAUUGAAGAACAAUCUUUGUUAAGACCAACUAUGGGAGAAGUUGUUCUUAGCCUUUCCCUUCUCACUCAACAUUCUCCUACUUUGUUAGAGAGGUCUUGUACUUAUGGAUCAGAUGUUGAGGUUGUAACUGAAAUAAUCAUAGCUCGUUGA